AUGGUGUCUUCGAGCUUUAUCCUCUCCUUGAUUUUCAUCUAUCUAUUUACUGGCGUCGUCUAUUAUCUACCGGGAUCUAAUCAUCGUAAUCAUAUUCAUCAUGACAACCGAGAUUAUUCUAUUCUGGAGAGAAAUUGCCGACAACCCGAACAGAUUCAUCUAAGUGUUACUGGUAAACCCUCUGAACGUGUUAUUUCAUUCGUUGUUCAGAUUAAAACAUGUCCAUCGCAAAGUUCUCUGCGAUAUGGUGUAAAUCCAAAUGAUCUUUCCCAACAUGGCCAAAUUCAUUGCCAUGAAUUUGCUGCCGUUAAAAGUGCUACCGGUAGAAGAAAUCGUAUCAUUUCCAUUCUCUACACCAAGUCUCUGAAAUGUUUUCCACAUAUUGAAGUUAAAUGCGAUCAGAUAGCGCCAUCGUGA